GCUUCCAUCCGUCCGUGAUCCAUCCAUCCAUGAUCCAUCGAUCCACCCAUGUAUGUGCACAUAACCCUGUACUAAUGGACAGAUGUAAAUCAGGUGAAGAGCCCAGUCAGCACCCUGCUGUGUCAGUGCAACAUGUCAAACACCCGGGGGCAGCACCAGGCUGCACAGUCUGUCAAAAGACUCACAGCCAUCUGUUUGAAUGGGGUAGUUAAUUCUUCACCCCCGAGCUUCACUUUUACCUUUUUUUUUUUUUUCUCCUUCAUCGACGCAUCAACGAACAGGGGAGGCGCGAUCAGACUCGAGAGGUGAAUCGAAAACUCUGCGUUCGGUGUGAAGAUAGACCCGCCUUCAUCUGAAAAUAAAUGCGGCGAGCUCAAACAGGAAACUUAUGCGCUUCACCUCCUGCAGCUCACCGAUGCAUCAUUUGACACUUGAACAGGUUCCCCAAACCCACAUCAGCGCCGCAGCACCUCAGCCGCGUCUCUUGCCGAUUCGCCUGAACCCAGAGGAGACCGUCAGGAGAAAUUUAGACAGAUGACCUCUUUUUACGACGAGAAAGACUUGGAGGAAGAGCUCAGUCGAGUCAACUACCCUGAUGAGGAUUUGGAGUUUGAGUACUUGUUUGAAUAUGAGCCACCUUGCAGCGACUUCGCUGCGGGAGAUCAAGAUGACCCCAACCUUGCAUCUCACAAAGUCAUCAGCCCUGAGUCUGAGCAGGCUUUCCCUCUGGAGGAAGCCUCCCCAUACGGCAUCAAGUCCUGCAGCCCGUCCUACAGUGAACACAACACUGAGGUUCUCUCAGGAUAUGACAACCAGGAGGCCAGAAACUACCUGGACAGUACCCGACCUCCAGGUCUGGCUCUGAGCCCGCGGAUUGAAAUCACUCCCUCCCGUGAGCACUACAACCAUGGUCGGGACUCCCUGCAGAACCACCACCUGAACAUUAGUCCCAGACCCACCCUCACUGUGCCCGGCCAUGACAACCUUCCCUACCGUGAGCCCCAGUGCCUGAGUCCCGCCAGCAGCAACUCCUCCACCAGCUGGCACUCGGAGAGCUACUCCCCCUGGGCGUCUCCUUGCGUGUCCCCCAGCAGUGGCCAGAACCCCGGAGAUCUCUGUCCCCGAUUACAGAAUAUCCACACUGGCUCCCCGCGCACCUCCCCGGGCACCUCUCCUCGCACCAGCCUAGGUGAAGACGGCCUGGGACACCGCUCACCCUCCCCCAGACCUGGCUCCCGCUCCACCUCCCCACAGGGCAAACGCACCUACGACAUGUACAGGAAUCCAGGCCUAGUCCCUGGACACCGUUCCCGCAGUCCCUCCCCCCACAGCGGCCAUGAAGAUCACAACAUAGGUGCCCACUAUACACACAGCAGCCUUGCUGAUGCCAUGAAUGGUUUUGGCACCGGUCAGCCAGGCCUCGUGCCCACUAAAAUAGUCAAGACAUCCAACCAGGUUUACACUCUGUACCCAGAGAACCAUGCAGAAGGGAACUACUUGGUGUCCUGCGAACAGGACAUAAAAAACAAACCUGCUGCAGAGCCUUUCUUUGUCAUCCCCCAAAUCUGGUCCAAGCCGCUGGUUUCCAGCAUCUGCAGCAUCCCUGUGGCUUCUCUCCCCCCGCUGGAAUGGCCGAUCCCCAGUCGCACAGACCAGUAUGAACUCCACAUUGACAUGCAGCCCAAGCCGCACCACAGAGCACACUAUGAGACAGAGGGAAGCAGGGGUGCAGUCAAAGCCCCCACAGGAGGACACCCUGUUGUACAGCUGCACGGCUACAGAGGCAAGGAGCCACUCGGCCUGCAGAUCUUCAUCGGUACGGCAGACGAGCGCAUCCUCAAGCCCCAUGCCUUUUAUCAAGUCCACCGCAUCACUGGCAAGACGGUUACGACCACCAGCUUUGAGAAGAUUAUCAAUGGCACCAAAGUCCUUGAGAUCCCCCUGGAGCCAAAGAACAACAUGAAAGCAAUAAUUGACUGCGCUGGGAUCCUGAAGCUCAGGAAUGCCGACAUCGAGCUGAGGAAGGGCGAGACAGACGUCGGCCGGAAAAACACCCGAGUUCGUCUCGUGUUUCGUGUGCACAUACCUCAGCCUGGAGGGCAGCACGUCUCUCUCCAAGUGGCCUCGCACCCCAUUGAAUGCUCCCAGCGUUCAGCACAUGAACUUCCCAUGGUGGAGAAGCAGGACAUGGACAGCUGCUCAGUCCUGGGCGGCCAGCAGAUGAUCCUGACUGGGCAGAACUUCAGCUCCGAUUCCAAGGUCAUUUUUAUGGAGAAAACCCAGGAUGGGCAACAAAUUUGGGAAAUGGAAGCAACAGUGGACAAAGACAAGAGCCAGCCUAGUAUGCUGUUUGUGGAGGUGCCGUCCUACAGAAACACGUCCGUCUGUCAUUCUGUCAAAGUGAACUUCUACGUCAUCAACGGCAAGAGGAAGCGCAGCCAGCCUCAACAUUUCACCUACACACCACUGGCAUGUAAGAAUGCUAGUCAACCUCUUUGUGCUCCAUCCAUCAAGACAGAGCCUUUAGAUGAAUAUGAAGCAGACCACAUGGGCUUUGCAAUGCCUCAGAUCUUAGGCUUAUCCCCACACUCCUACUACCAUAACCCACGCAACGUCCUCCACCCAGACAACGGCCUGGUCUCUGGCAGCAUGGCCUCCUGCCAGCGUCUCAGCUCCAGCCUUCCCAGCCAGGACGCACGUUUCCAGCAGCAGAGCCCGGCCAUCGUCUACUCUCGUGGGGGGAAGAGUCUGAGCGGCAGCCCAAGCCUUUAUCAGCAGACUGGAGGGAUGAUGGCUGAACCCCACCGGUCGGUCCUGGUCCACACAGGCUCCCCGGCUCAGUCUGUAGGUCCUAUCAGCGCAGGCCAGCACCCUUCUAUCAUCCAGUUCUCCCCCACCAACCACCACCUACUCCGGGCAGGAGACCCCCAGCCUCUCGCUGCUCCUCAGCCUGACACCCAGCAGAUCAUCUACUGCGAUGGCUACUCCCCUCAGGCCGCCACCUCCCACUCACCCACAUCCCCCCAGGCUCAGGCGGCGGUGACACACCCUCAGCACUAUCCCACCGUGAUCCAGCAGCAGCCCUACACGCAGAAGGGGCAGCAGAAAAGCCGGGCUGCCCCCGGCACAGGGCAGGCAGAGGCUCCAGGGGAUGGACAGAGGAGGGUGACAGUUAAAGAGGAGAACCUGGACCAGGCCUACCUAGAUGAUGGUGAGUUGAAUGAGAUCAUAAGAAAGGAUCUGACAGGCGUUCAGGCCAGAGGGCAGACAUAGAGGACGGACUCGAGCAGGAAAUGACAACACACACACACACACACACACACACCCCUCCUCCACACACACACACACACACACACACACACACACACAAACACCGACAGUCUUCAACCUUCCAUUGAGAUGAUGCACUUCCUCGUUUCCUUUACCCGUAGAAAUAGAAAUAUCAGCUCUGAACAGUUGUGUUUGCUUUGGAUGUUUUCCUGCAAGAAACACGCACCAAACAGAAGAAUUCAUUCGACCUGUUACGUCUGCAACCAAUGCAUCAGGCCAAUGUGCCUUAUUUUGUUCAUCUUCUCUUCAGGUUCCACUGUUUUACAAAGGAAUUAAAAAAAGAUAAAAUCAGGGCAAAUAAAAAUCCUGAGAAUAGCAGCAGCAAUAAAAUCACAUCUGUCAUCCUCUGACAUGUAAAUAAUGAAAUUUCUGAAAAUUUCAGGUUGACAUCACACCAAAAAUUCACCCUAAAUACAACAUAUACGACAUAAGUGGCCAAAAGUUUGUCGUCUUUAAUUCUUCUUGCACAAAGUGUGUAUGUUGUCUGUGUAUAACGUUGUGUGCUCACAUGCUGAUCAUCUCAUUUUAAGUGCAGUUUUUCUAAUCGUGAAACGCGCACUGCCUUAUAACCAUAUACAAAUGAACUAUUGUGACGCCUCCUAAUAUGCACUGUUUUCAACAACAGGAGGUUAAUGUUAUUACAUUUUAUAUAAUAUUGAGUCAUGUGAAUAAUGUACCAUUUUUAUAUUCGUAAAAUAUAUAUUGCCAAAGUGGCUUCACAGGAGCCUGUGAUGCAGCGGUGAUAGCGUGGGUCUGCCUUUCCUUUAAAUGAUUUCUGUGCUUGAGUUGAUUUUAGUUUUCAAUCUUGCAUUGAACAUCAUUUAAAAACAGCUCAUGAAAGCUGAAGUGAGAGGUUUUGUACACUCUGAACUAAAGGUGGUUUUCUAGCUUUUUUUUUUUUUUUUUUAAUCAAAAAUUUUCUCUAUUUUAUUUGUUGAUUGUAAUAACAUCUGUGGCUGUUUCCACAGUCUUAACACAAAAUAUCCAAAGCUUAUACUGUGUGUAUUGUUUUGUGUACUGCGUGUUUUGUGUAUACCCGUAAUGACAAUCAGUAUACUCAAAGCUAAGUGCCUGCCUAUGCAGAAGCUUCGUGCUUGCCGAUGUAAAGAGCCUACGUUUUAUUUCCUGUACCUGCCGUCAUACUGAAAGCACAGCAGUGGAGACACAGUAUGGAUUACUGAUGUGCUAACACAGCUGGCUUUGAUGAAGAAAAGGCAGUUGUUAAAAUACAUAUAUUUGUAAUAUGGUAAUAUUUCACUGAGUGAAUUGGAGUACCUGAAAAGUGCCAAGUGCCAUUUAUAUGAUUGUAAAGAAAAACAAAUGUUGCAAGUGAUGUAAAAGUGGUUAAAAACACAUAAUGGAAGUAAAAUAUAAGACUGAAUCUCAAUGCUUCAUAUUUUAUAGGGACCUAUUUGAUAAUAAGAUUAUAUUGAGCAAUAUUAGUAAAGCUAAUAUUGAUCUAUUAAUGAUAUUUUUCAUUGAGCCAGUACAGCACAAGUGCAUUUGACAUUUCUUGAAUGUAAUCUAUAUGAAAUUCCCCUUUUCUGUAAAUAGUAGAUAAGUGUGAUUGUGUUCCGAUGAAGUUUGAGUAGACUAAAAUACAAACGAGUUGUUGUCUGUUAUAUCUUUUAUCUGUUUAUAAUUUACACAAUGAUUUAGUUAUCAUUAUAUCGUUCAUCUGUUUUAUUACAAUGUAAAACUGUCUGAAGGGAAUUAUGAUACAUUACCUAAAACUCAUUAGAAUAUCCCUUUUAAUAGGUUAUAUUUUUGUUUAUGCGUUUGUUAUUGUUAUUUUACAAUCCUUAAAGAAAUCUUUGGUAAUGAAAGGGUUAUUAAUACUGUCUUAUUUUAUUUUUCUGUGUUGAUAGUUGUCUUGUAUUUGUUCCAUUUUGAGUCUUUGUGCCUCCUAAAAAGUCUCUGUUUCAUGCUAUUUUUGUAUCCUUAAAAGUAGAAAUAAAUAAUAACCAUAACCAUCAA